GCCAAAAACGGGGGCCACUACCCUGCUCCAAACGGACGAUCCGAAGACGGGCUCCCCCCGCUACGACUUUCUCUUUCUACAGCCUGCACCUGCCCCCAUCUCUCUCUCUCUCUCUCUCUCUCUCUAAAACCCUCUUCCAAUCUCUCUCUAUAUCUCUCGCACGGGUCGUCACUGGGACAAGGACUCGAGUAUAAAAAGUGGGUGCUUUGGCCCCCCGUCCCAUUUUUCAACCUCGUCAUUCUCCAUCGGCCCCGGCUACGAUCUUGGUGGGUUCUUGUUGCCGUUCGUUUCUUGGGUUUUAGAGACACGAUCUGGUGGUGCUGGUGCUGGUUCUGGUGGUGGGUCUUUGUUGUUUUUCGUUUUGGGUUCUUGGGUCAAUGCGAAUUAGAUAAGGCAGGUGAUUCGCUCGCUCCGACCGACCGUACUUCGCUCCAAUCCACCAUCUCUUCGGGAUUUCCUUCCUCAUUCCCGUCGCGUCUUGAUCCCGAUAAAGCGUUCUUUGCGCAGUGGAGCAAAAAAGGGUUGAGCUUUUUGGGGGAGGAGAGGAGGGAGGAAUAUAAAAGGAGGGGCCUUUGAUCAUGGCGGUCGCCGAGAAUGCUGGGGUCAAGAUCGGCGGGUCGGGUCAGAAUUUGGGCGCCGUGUCGUCGCCGUCGGAGGACAGGAGCGCGUCCGGCGAUUACGCGAAGCCAGAGCCCGGGAGCGGCGCCGCGGCCCGGCUCGAUCGGCUCGUCAACGCUGGCGAGGACGGGAGCGGCAGGGUCCUGGUCGUCAGAGGCGGUAGGAACGGUCAGAUGGGCCAGGCGAGGGACGGGCUCCGGAGGAACGGGAGUAGUUUCAGGUCAAGUGGAGUGAACGACGUGAGGGAGCUGGUGGAUAUGCUGUCGAAGCUUAAUCCUAUGGCCGAGGAAUUCGUGCCUCCCUCACUGGGUCAGAGCUUUGCUUAUUUAGCUAAUGGUGGCUUUGGCUAUCCCCAGAAUUUCGCCUUACAGACUGAUGGGGUCGACGGCAAUGGACAUACCGGAAGAAGGAAGAAUAGCUUUAGCCAGGGUAAGCGGCGGAUAAAUAGUAGAACUAGUAUGGCGCAGCGUCAUGAGGUAAUUAAGAGGACCGUGUAUGUGACUGACAUUGAUCAACAGGUAACCGAAGAGCAACUUGCGGCUCUUUUCAAUAGUUUUGGGCAGGUUGUUGACUGUCGUGUAUGUGGCGAUCCAAGCUCUUGUCUCCGGUUUGCUUUUGUUGAGUUUACUGACGAAGAUGGUGCAAGGACUGCUUUGAAUCUUUCAGGGACUGUUCUUGGUUUUUAUCCUAUUAGGGUUCAGCCUUCUAAAACUGCGAUCGCACCCGUUAAUCCAACAUUUUUGCCAAGGUCCGAAGAUGAACGCGAGAUGUGCUCAAGAACUGUUUAUUGCACAAACAUUGACAAAACGGUUACUCAAGCGGAUGUUAAGCUCUUCUUUGAGUCACUCUGCGGAGAGGUUCACCGUCUGAGGCUACUUGGAGACUACCAUCAUUCAACUCGUAUUGCCUUUGUGGAGUUUGUGAUGGCUGAAAGUGCAAUUGCUGCCCUCAGUUGCAGUGGUGUGGUUUUGGGAUCUUUGCCCAUAAGGGUGAGUCCAUCGAAGACCCCUGUCAGGCCUCGAGGUCCUCACUCUCCAACGCGUUAAUUAUGAUUCCAUCUUUCUAGGACUCAUCUGCUGAUGAUAGACAUUUAAUCACACAUACGUAGGUACAUAGUCGCUAUAUGGUACUUGCAACGUGCCCGUCUAUCUAUCUGUGUCCUUUCCUCCAUCUCAGCCCGGUCUGUUCGGACUACUAGGACAACUUCAUGUUUUGUUUGUUAAGCAUGUAGAGUUGAAGGUCUCGAGGAUAUGAGUGGCCUAGUGCAUGUUGCAUAGCGCAGUGCAGUUCUUGCUAUUUUCGGGUGGAACUAUUGCCCCUUGGAGGAUUGCUGUGAUAUUUGAAGAAACUCAAAAGUUUUUAUUGUUUGUUUGUUCCAUUUGUGUAGUUUUAACUCCAUUUUGCCGUUGACACAAGUUGUUAAAUGAAUUUUAGUUUCAGUUAAUUGGA